GCCGCGGCUGCCCUACCGCUGUCUCCUUGGUACAAUUCGAUCACUUGUCGGCUCCUCAGCUACCUUUCAGCCACAGCACCACGUGGACGCGCUGGCUGUUGCCGUAGGGAGCGCUGCGCAGAGAGGGUCAGCUGGGUUCAAACCUUGUGUGGGCCACACCGGUCGACGCCGCGGCUUACAGUUAUCAAAAAGAUGCGCCGCAGCACGGCCGCAGCGCGCACGGUGCUCUGCGGCACGGUCAUCCGCUGCGCGCGGGCCCUGAGCGCCGCGCCGAUGGACACGAUCCAGCGGUGCAUGCUGAGACGAGCGGAGCAGCGCGGCGGCCCCGUGCCCCUCGUAACCAGAAAAGUUCAGGAGUCCAUCGAGCGCCGACGAAGUAAUGGAGCGCGCACGGCGGCCGUGCUCGUGCCGAUCGCUUCUGUCAAUGACGAGCCGCACGUCGUUUUUAGUGUGAGAUCCGAUAAAGUGUCCACGCAUAAGUCGCAAGUGAGCUUCCCGGGCGGCCACAUCGAGCUCAACGAGACGGCGGAGCAGGCGGCGUUGCGGGAAGCGCGCGAAGAGUUCGGUCCCGAUUUUGAGUCAGGCUUUUCAGUGGUAGCAGAGUGUAGAGAAGUUUUAGCUGUGACGGGCACGGUCGUGACGCCCGUCGUCGCGUGUCGUUCUCGGCCCUUGGACUUGGGGCGGGACGUUGUCUAUGAGGAGGACGAAGUGGCAGAGGUCUUUUCGUUACCGGUGGCGCAUUUACUGGAUCCAGUCAAUCGGGAGGAGCGUAUGUAUGAGAACCGGGGCCGCCUGCCGGUCUUCCACGGCGGUCCCGCAGAAAUAUGGGGGCUCACCGCGUACGUCCUGGACGGCGUCCUCGAGAAGCUCGUGCGGCCCUGCGUCGGGGGGCUGGAGGCGUCCGAGGCGCCGCGGGGAAGCGGGUCUUAA